AUCUGGACAUCACGCAAUGCGAGGGUUGGAAGAGAUGAAUUCCAUAGCACAUGCAGGUUUCUUGAUUCGUCUUUAAGUUCAAAAACUAAGAUUGGUUUCCGGAAGGAAGAGUGUUUGAGCUUGGGCAGGAGAACAUGAGGUCUUGUGACAACAUCAGGAUUUAUGGUUUCAUCCGGUGCAGAAUUCCACAGAUUAUGGUCCAGAAGAGAUCUAUCAAUCAACGGCUUUUAGCUCUAUUCAUUAGCUUUCCUCCAGGUUGGGAAGCAAUAUAUCCCAGAAUGAUAGAUUGUGUAGGCCAAGAAUGGGUGAGGUCCAAUUCUCUGUCAUCACCCAGCAGGAGAACCUCAAGAAACCUCUGUCACUAAUGGAGGGAGUCAAACAAAUGGCCUUGGUGAAGGACAGAUUUAUCUUCCCAGGCUUCAGUGUCUUAUUUUUCUUGCAAAAAAACCUACAAGGAGAAACAGAACCAAGUUUGAGGGGUACGAAUGUUCUCCAGGAGCCCAAGUUUAUGUGAUCGUCCCCUCCCUUUCCAAUUUUUUAAAUUAACCUUAACCAUUAAGGUAGGUAAGACUUCAACUCCCAGAAUUCCUCAACCAGCAGGUUUGGAGACAGUUUGGGGCAAGAAAAUGUUUGGAGCCAGGUUGGGUUUUGAAUCCAAGCGUGGCACGACCCUAAGGAGUUAUGGUGGGGUAAUAGUGGUAGGAGAAGAUAUGGAAAAAUCUACAAUAAAAAUUAUAGUUAUGAGGUAAAUUGUACGGUGAGUUAAAUCAGUUGGAUGCGCUCAGUGGUGGAAUACAUCCUCCACAGAUGGAUCCCCAAAAGAAGGGGGCAUUUUUUUUGGAGGGCUGAGAAGUUCUCAAGAACUUUGAGGGCAACUUUGUUUGCCCAACCACAAAUGUUUUGAGCAAGGCGGGUCAAUCUGGUGACUAUUUUCAGAAAUAUUCCUUUUGUUUUGUUCCUUCAAAGUUCUCUGGUCCUUACCCUACACCAUUUAUCACUUUAUUUUAAGGUUCCCUGCCUUGUUUGUUCAACCCGUCGAGGUCACCUCCUUGUUGUUUUUCGUUCCCUGCAGAAAAGGAUGGUGUCAGCAUCUUAAGAAAUAUAUAAAAAGGAAUUGGAUACCAGCUAUUCUCCAACAGUUCCCUGAAGGCUUCAGACCAUUGAAUAUACUGAGCUGGACAAAGUCUUUGACAUGGCUGGUCUCGUGGACAGUAUCUGCACCAUCAUCGCCGUCUUUCACAAGUAUGCCGACAGGAAGAGUGAGCAUUCCUCCAUGAAGCGAAGGCAAAUGAAAAGACUCAUCCAAAAAGAGUUUGGUGACAUUUUAGAGAACCCUCGUGAUCCUCAAAUUGUCAAGCUGACCUUCCAACUGCUGGAUGUGAACGGAGAUAAUCGCGUUGACUUCAACGAGUUCCUCUUCCUCAUCUUCGAAAUGGCCACUGCUUGCUAUAGUGUCUGGCAUCUCCAGGAGUGUCUUUCAUACAGUGAGGAAAGCAGGAGAGCCAUGCGUGACGAGGAACCACGUGGGAAUGGAAGCAACCGCCGGGAGUUUCUGGAGGAGGACAGGAGAAGAGGCGAUGUCCCUGAGAGACGAGGUGCCGACAGGACCUCCCUCCAAUCCUUGGAAGAAGGCAGGCGAGGGGAACUUUCCAGUGAACUUCGAGAAGAAGUAGACCGCCACUUUGAAGGACAUGAACCCGAGUUGAGGGAUGGUGAUAGGAGAGGCCGUCCAUCUCAGGAACAUCAGGAAAGAGACCCUGAACAACGACGCCUGGAGCCUGAAGAGUGGGAAGAUACUGAGAUACCAGAAUCCCGUCAACAGAGACAACGGGAAUCAGCACUGGAUGAAGACUCUCCCCGCCAGUCCCGACAACUUGUGAGAAGAAAUGACAAUGACAGACGUGAAGCUCGGGGUCUCCUGGACAGAGAUGAAGAAGACCUCUAUUCUCCAAUAGUCAUAUCCAGGAGGGAAGAUGGGAGGCAACGCCGGGGCCAAGAGACUGAACAUCAGGAAGCUCAGGGAAGACUCUUCAGACAUGGUUCUCAAGCCCGAGUGGAUUGUGCAGAUUACGAUGUUGAAAGAAGUUGUCCGUCUCGUGAACGGCGAGAAAGGCAAGAUGGAAGGAGGGAGCCGGAAUUGCACAGUGAGCAGAGGUCUCGCGCCUUUGAACCCCGUGUGGCUGAUGAGCGCCGAGAUCGUAUUCGUCACCGUAGCCCAGUAGAGGAGUAUGAGGAGCAUCGCCCAUUGUCCAGAGAAGGUGAGAGAAGACCACAGUUCCAUGAAGCUGACCACAGAGAGAGUGAGAGGAGGAGACAAGGACGCUCUGUCUUUCAAUCGAGAGAAGAUGUCGAUAGAGCAAUCCAGGCCGAAGAGGAAGAAGUCAGAAGAUCUGAAAGGAGACGAGCUGAAGAUGAGUGGAGCAGACCACGACCACGUGAAGCUUCAAGAAGACCAGAAGUGGAAGAUCUGGAACGCAGGGAACAAGAGAGGAGGAGGAGGAGGCCCUAUUCUUCUGAGCUCGAGAAUAUGGACAGACCUUCCCGAUCUCAUGAGUCUGAAGGCAGAGAAGAGGUCAGAAGAUCCCAACGUCCUGAGGACCUAGAGCGGAGAAGGCGGGAGUUCAGCUGGGACGAAACCCGUGCAACAGAAAGCAUAAGAAGGAGACCCCAAUCCCAAGAACCUGAACCCAGGGACCCCAAGUAUGAUAGAUCUCAAAGUUAUGAAGAAGCAAGGAGAGAUGACCAGAGGAGACCCCGUAACUACGAUGUUCAGUCCCAAGAAAGAGAUGCUGAAAGGAGGAGAAGGCUCCAACCUCGUGAAUUAGUUGAGAGAGAAGACAACCAGGAGAGACAACAUUAUGAACGUGAAUCCCGGGACAGGGAGAGAGAUGGGAGACGUGCCAUGUCCCUCGAAGCUGAAACCAGAGAUGAAGAUCGAAGAAGGCCUCAAGAAAGUGCCUCCAGAUAUGGGGAAAGGGAGAGCCUUCCAGAAGGAGAUGCCCGAAUGAGACGUGCAGGACGAGACAUGGCGAGUCCUUCUGAGGCUGGUCGGAGAGAGCUUGAUCCCAGCAGCCCACAGCAGGUUUCCAGGCGCAGAGCUCCUGAACUCAGAAGAUCUGAGCCCCGUAGCCUUAUGCCAGACAUCAAAGGCUAGAAAACGAAGGUUGAAGCCAAAGUAAGCAGCAGUUGGGUAACUAUAGUUCUCCAGACCUUGAGAAACUACAUCUCCCAGUAGUUCUGGUCCAUCUUCUCUAAGACAAGAGUUGCUGGGAACUGUCAUUUGAUCAAUAUCUGGAGAGGCUCUCUGUUCCUUGUCCUUCUUUUGGAAUGUUUGACCAAGAAGCCAACCGGUUUGUUCAUAGUUGUAACCUUACUAUUGUCAAUAAUGCUAUAUUUCCCCACCUAUCCUAGCCAUUCGAGUAACGAAGAACAAAUUGAAGACAUCCAUCAAGAACAUUCCUCAAGGUGGACUAACGGAAACCAGUCUGGUUCUUCCUUGAUGUUGAACGUACGAAAUGAAUGUGUUCACUGUUGAUCAAACGACUGUCAACUCCAUCGGAUUGUUGAACGCCAACCGUUCUCUAUUUUUCCCCUUCCCCUUUCUUCUCUAAUUUUUUUCUAACUUUGGAUUUAGGGUAAAUCCAACUUGGUGGAUUCGUGGG